AGAAGGGUGAGCAGCAAAACGUGAGCAUGUGGAAGCAAUUACUGGCUGCAGGCGGGAUCUGUUAGCUUUUGGCUUACUGGGUGCCUCCACACUGCUGAUCUACCAGUCAAGCCUGUUUCCACAAUCAACCAUCCCCACAAUAUUACCUCCUCAACUGGAUACGAAUCCCUCAGGAGCUUCAUAUACUGCUGCUUUCUCUAUGCAUCUCUGGUUGGGAGAGGAAAAAAAGUGUGAAUCUGCUGAGACCAAAGGGGAAAUCCCACAUGGAAUUGUAAUGUAGAGUGUGGAGAGUUCGAUACUACAUCUGGGAGGGGUCAGGAGGUUAUUAAAAUUGUUUGAGUGUGGGGACCGCUGGAAACGCAUAAAUAGCUGGAAGACACACAGUAAUCUUGCAGUCUUCCUCUGAAUGCCUGGGCACAGGUGACCUCCACUUAGCUUUUCUGCAGAAAAUUUCAUCGUUCACUGCAAACCCAAACCAGCAUGGAAAAGAUGACAUCUUUGAAAGUGAACUGCUGGCUGCAGUGGCUUACCGUGACUCUGGCCCUGCUGAGUAAAGUCCCUGCAAUGCCGGUCGACGUGGAUCGCAUGUGCAUGGCACCAUCUGCAGCCAAGUACAGACUGACAUUUACUGGCCAGUGGACUCAGACUGCCUUCCCCAAACACUACCCUCUGUACAGGCCGCCUGCUCAGUGGUCCCCCAUCAUUGGAGUAACUCACAGCUCAGACUAUCACAUCUGGCAAAGGAACGAGUACGCCAGUAAUGGGGUGAGAGAGUUCUCUGAGAGAGGAGAGGCUUGGACACUGAUAAAAGAAGUGGAGGCAGCUGGAGAACGGAUCCAGAGUGUCUAUGGCCUCUUCUCAGCACCAGCUGUGGUUGGAGGAACCGGUCAGGCAAUCACAGAAUUUGAGGUCUAUGCAAGACACUCUUUACUGUCCUUCAUUGUCCGCAUUGUGCCAAGUCCUGACUGGUUUGUUGGAAUAAACAGUCUAAAUUUGUGCGAGGGUGAUAACUGGAUAGAAAACAUAAGCCUAGAUCUCUACCCCUAUGAUGCCGGCACAGACAGUGGUUUCACCUUCUCCUCACCAAACUUUGAGACCAUUCCUCAAGACAAGAUCACGCAGAUAACCGCAUCAUUCCCAAGUCACCCUGCAAACUCCUUCUACUAUCCCAGACUGAAGCAUCUCCCCCCAAUAGCCAAAGUCUCCCUAACAAAGAUCAAGAACAACUUGAUCUUCAGCUUACCCAUUGAGCCGACCCACUCCAAUCAGAUUCCAAGCGGGAAUGAGAUAGAUGGGUCUCUCAUAAAGACCCCUCUGGACUGUGAAGUUUCUGUCUGGUCACCUUGGGGUCUUUGUAAGGGCCAGUGUGGUGCGAAAGGAGUAAAACACAGAACUCGCUAUAUUCACAUGCAUCCUGCAAACAAUGGGGCUGCAUGCCCACCCCUAGAGGAAAAGAGGCUAUGUAUCCCUGACAACUGUGUGUGAAUAUAAAGAGGACCUACCAACCAUACCUCAUCAACUGGGAACAAUCUACUGGUUAACAGCUUUAAAAUGAGACAUUAUAAAUGGAAUGACUUUGUUAUUAUAAACUAUGAUGUCAUGGGUUAACAAGCUUAAACUUGGUAAUGAAUGGGCUAGGCAACAUAUCCCAACUUAAAAAGAAGACUGAAGUACCCAAAGCAAAUUCUCAGUAAGUGUAUCACAAAUGAGAGUGAAAUAUGAGGAACUGCCGAUUCUAUACUUUCAAUACAGCAAUAUUUGCUGUAUUUUGCAAAAUAGCAGACUGAGUUUUGUGGCUGGGUUUGCUGUAAGUUUCACACUCUGUCCUCAUGCACUGUUCAUGGAGUCUGGUGCUCUCUGGUGGGAAAAAAAAACAACUUUCCACUGACAUUAUCAAGCUCAAUCGUUGAGACUAACAUCUUCAGUAAAAAAUACUUUGUUGUCCUCAAAACAUGUUGCAUCAGUGGAUGAUAUCUGUAAAUUAAUUGCAAAACUGUAUAUAAAAUUGUACAUACAAAUAAAUAAAUCCUUCUGAAUUCCACUGAA